AUGCGUUCGCUUACCUCUAUAUCGAUUGGCAUAAUUGCCGGCGCUGUCACUUCGGCGGCCCGACCUGACGCCAAAGCCUUUGCUAAUAAAGAAGCGCGCUCACAGGACGAGCUUUUGCCGACGCCGACUGUUGCGUUAAAGCAGAGAAAUGUGGCAGCGGCGCCCACAACAAUCGUUGAGCCGCCUCCGUUCACGGUCACUCUCUGCCCACAGCCAACGGGAAUCUAUGGAGCAGUGGACUUGGAGUCAGAUCUCAUCUAUGGCUGCCAGCCUGGCUAUGUUUGCAACCCCAAGAAGCCAGCAGGGUGCAACUUCUGGCCAGGCCUUCCGGAUGCUAGUUUUCGAUGCCAUCCAGAGGACUGCAUGGUAGCUCCGCCGCCGCUGCUUGCAAAUUGGCCCGAAGGAAAGACGGGCUAUAUCCCACAUCAAGACGGCUACUUCUACUUGGACCCACAUAUCUUUGGCUUGACUUACGAUAUUUUCGAAUACAACGUUGUCAAGAAGAUUCAGAGUGGUAGCACCAGCACUUACACGACUGGCAACUGGGGGUCACAGGCACAGGCCUACGGGUCGGUGCCAACAAAUCCGCCAUCAUAUGGAAAGCGUGCUUCCAGCCCGUUCAAGCAGCAAGCCCGUCGCAAGGCCAAUUAUGGUGCAAAGCGUGCAGCCCUGGACUUGCCACAAGAUUGCAUGGGCCCUUGCCAGGAUGCGUUAUUACUCAUAACACAGUUUGGCAAGAAGCCGGAAUUUUGCGAGGCGGAUUCGGCUUUCGAGAAGGACUUCAACGGCUGCGUUAACUGCAUUGCCAAGGAUGAUAACAUCGACGUAUCCGACCUGGCUGCGAUAGCAGCAGCAUUGGGCGAACCGUUUGUAGACACGAUCUUCUUCUGCAAUACAACGGGAACUACGCCGCCGCCCACAUCCUCGGCUCCCGAGUCCCAAGUGACAGGGUCGAAUACACUGGGAUCGACCUCUCAAAUCCCUACAAGCCCAACCUCGCUCAUCGACUCUACAACUUCGAGCUCCAUACAGUCGACGACUUCCAGCACUAAGCAGUCCACCCCGCCUCCUACAAGCAGCUCCUCUACGACCUCUACACCACCGCCGCCGCCAACAUCAUCGUCGACGAAGCCGCCACCACCACCGACUUCUUCAUCGACGCCGCCGCCACCACCAACUUCCUCAUCGACUAGCUCCUCUUCGCAGCAAGCAUCGUCUACUCCUCCGUCCUCAGCUUCAACACCGCCCUCUUCUAGUGCGGGAUCGUCAGGGUCUUCCACUACUGCUGGGGGCCCAGGAAGCUCUUCUGAAAUAGGUACGGGAUCCACUAGUGCAAGCAGUGAAUCGAGGCCAACGUCGGCGCCCACAUCGGCAUCUGCGUCGGCCUCAUCUGGUGCAUCUGUUCCGGGGUCAUCAGUCUCCUCAUCUUCCCCAGGGGAGACUGGCACCGCACCCCCCUCAACAGGUACUAAUUCCCCGACUGGCACCGGUUCUGGUGCCGGCUCUCCUCCCGGCUCUGGUUCUCCGACUGGCACAGGUUCUUCAACCGGAACCCCUGCUGGAACGGGUGCUGGUUCCCCAACGGGAAGUGCUGCUGGGACAGGCACCGGUUCCGAGACAGGAACUGGUGCCAACACAGGCACUGGUGCUGUGACAGGAGCUCCUACCAAGACCGGCACUAACCGAUCGACAGGCGUCACACCUCCCAGCUCAGACUUUUCUUCUCCCGGUCAAUUGGAGAGAGCAAGCACAACCAACCCAGGCAACUCUGGAAACCCCGGCGGCGGCGCUGAACCAACCGGAACAAACAGCAACGGCGGCGGUGGAGGAAGAAACCCAGGUGGUGUUGGGCCUACCGGAUCGCCUACUGUUGGUGGCGGUAGCCCUGGCAAUGGCAAUCCCGGUAACGGUGGCAAUGGAGGUGGCGCGUCAGGAACAGGAACCAACCCGUCGUCGCCAACAAACAGCCUGCCCCCGCCUCUUUCGAAUAAUCUCUCUCGACCAAGUGAAAACUUUGGUCUCCUCAUUGUGGUCCUUUUGGGUCUCUUGGUCUUCUAG